AUGCGCGUGGACUGGGCGAAGUGCACCGACUACCGUUGGGGCCGCCAGGGCCGAAUGUACCAGUUGCACCUCCCUGGGCCCAAGCUCUCUGCUUCUACUUUCGAGCUCCGGGGCUACACGCUCAGCAAGGAGCUGGCUUCAGGCGUGAAAGCCUGGCCUUGCUUUACAACGCCAGCCCCUACAGAUGAAGGCCGUCCGGCCCCGAAAUCAGCCAGGUCACGCAUCGACAGUGGCACUCGCCAACGAUGGAUCGAAGCCCACAGGGCUUUUGCUCCAUGGCAUUUUCAGGAGUUUGCCAUGGUCAAGGGGCCCGAUGGUGCUCUGGAGACGGUGCCCAUCCACCUCAAGGAGCAGGCACACUUGCUGCCUCCCGAUUACACCUCGGCAGCUCCUACUCUCCGAGACCAGCGUCGCUUGUUGAGCAACAGCUGGCACCGCGGUGUCGCUUCCUUCCUUUUGAAGAUCGUCCUUCAGUUCGGCGCUCACCCGAUAGCACAGGUAGCUCCCGAAGGAGAGCUGAUCAGCGCCAGCCGGACAAAAGAUUUUCAUUGCAUUCUCCGGGCAGCGCGUGAGCAGCCUUUGCCCAUGACGCGCAUGCGAGCGCCAGUGGGAGUAGAGAUGCACCCUCCUAAGGACAUGUGGGAGCAUUGGGUCGGCAGUGCUCAUGUUGUACCUGCUGCCCUUCUUCCCCCUUCUGUGGAGCCUGCCAUUGAAAUGACAUUGCAGCGCGCUGCUCAGGUGGGCCCACAUCUUCGAGAUCACCGCGAGGCCGUGUUGGCCGGGCUCCGGGACUUAGUGGCCGAACUCCGUGCAGAGACAGAUGCUUGGUACAACGCCGUGCCGGCACACGUCAGGUCAGCCCUUCACCCUCCAGGCAAGCCGCGGUUUCAGGUGCUGGCCUUUGUUCGGUUGCUCCAGGACUGUGGCUAUGAGCACGCCUCUGAGAUUGCUGAGUCUCUGGCUGUGGGGCUUCCCCUGCUCGGGAAGAUGCCUCCUUCUCCAGGGUGGCGGCCUCGCACUGACGACACAUACAGGUUUCCGAUCAGUCUGCCGGCAUUCGCCAAAGUGAACCGCGAGUACAUUGAGCACUGCCUGAAGAAGCCGCGUGUGGACCCCGAGUGGCGCGCUUUGCUGGCUGAGGUGUCUAUCAGUGCCGCACCCAUUGAAGGUCCGUUUGAGGGCCCUCCAGAUUGGCCGCGCAAGACGGUCGAUGCUGCUUCUGUGGGUUUGUCCAAGCAGCCUCUUCCUGCAGGGCCAGUUUUCGCUGCUCGCGCUUUUAGUGUGUGCCAGACAGGUGCGGACGGAUCUCGGAAGGUCCGUCGUUGUGAGGACUAUCGCAGGUCGCACCACAACAGCACCAUUGAAGCUCACGACCGUCCCGAACAUGACGACAUCGAGGUGUACAUUCAGGUGCUUAGAUUGGCGAAGAAGCUGGGCUUGCAGCCUGAGAUCUGGUGCCACGACCUGGCUGACGCCUAUAGGGCUUACCCAAUUCGUGACCCCGCUGAGGCAUACAUGUUGUUGAACACAUUGUCAGGACCUACCUUAUGGCGGCACCGAGUGCUGCCUUUUGGUAGCUCGGCCUCCGUUUGGCAUUUCGGGAGGCUGACUGACGCCAUGUGCCGGUUGGUGCGUACACUUCUGCACAUAUGUGUUUUGCAUUACGUGGAUGACCUGGGAGGAAUACAGGACUCCAGUGACGCAGCCUCUGCAUUUAGUGCCUUUUCCGAGUUUUGCGACAUUUUGGGUUAUCGCCUUAAGAAGUCUAAAGCUCAACCUCCCGAUACCGUUCAGAAGUUGCUCGGGGUGAUACUGGAGAUCACCGCUGAAGGGAUUUGCGUGCGAGCUGAUCCCAAACGCAUCGAGAAGCUUUCGGCACAGAUCCAGCAGGUUUUGCGCGAUGAUGUCCUGGAGCCGGUGGUGGCAGCCAAGCUUGUUGGUAAGCUUGGUUUCAUCCAGAGUACCGCUUUCGGUCGAGCCGGCAGCGCUGCCCUCAGACCGAUUCAUGCACGGGCGAACUCUACGCGCACAGGUUCCGUUGAGCUGAACGUUGGUCUCAGAGGAGCUUUGAGAGCCGUUGUGUACACUGACGCGUUCUUCGAGUUGGGCGAACGCACGUGGAAGGCUGGCGAUCCUGACAUCCCCACGAAUGUUUCCUUCAGUAGCUUCGUGACCUACGGCCACGGCUCUGUCUCCAGCGGCCUGUUGCAACGGUUUUGCAGCCGCCGUGCUUUUAUUUCUUUUCUCGAGAUUUACGCCCAGAUCAUCGCCUUUUGCGCACACGUGGAUGCGCUUCCUGCCUUUUGGAUUGCUUACGUAGACAAUCAGCCAGGCAUGGUGGCUCUGCAGAAAGGUUUCGGUCGAGACGAACAGAUCAAUGCGGUCUUGACUGGCUUUUGGACUUUGGCCACUCAGGCGCGCUGGGUGCCCGAGUUCCGAUGGGUUCCAUCGGCUCUGAACAUUGCAGAUCCCAUAUCCAGAGCGGACUACACUGUUGUGCAGCCGUCGUGGCGGAGGCUGGUCAGCGAUGGCCGGGCCCUGGAAGCCAUUCUGCUGCAGCUUGACCAGCACAACACCUCUCAGUUCCCGGCGCUGGUGCGGAAUUUGGAUUGGCGCUGGGAUCCACCGUUUGGUGGGGUGUAG